AUGCAGGGCAACGAUUCUACGGUCUCCGCAACCAACUUCAUACUUAGCAUCAUGAAAUUGGUCAUUGUGGACAUAUUCGAUCGCCACCGCAUCUUGCUAGUCACGAUCGCGGGCAUAGUGACGGAAUUGGCUGGCCUGAUUAUCUUCUCAUCGUCGUCAUCAUAUGCUUCGUGGUUCAUUGCAUCACCUUUCUUGUCCAUUAUGAAGGGUAUCACAUCCAAUGGCAAAUUUGGCUUCUACGUAGCGAUCUGCUUCUUUGGCUGGGUCUUUGUGGUCUUCUAUGUCCCUGAAGCCGGGGCAUGCAGCUCGAAAAUAUUCGAGAGAUCUUCAAUCAUGGCUUUGAAAGAGAACAAAGCGCUUGCCAAAGCCAAUGCCGGAAGUUUACAGGGCUUUAACCAUUGA